UAUGGAUGUAAAAUCUGAUUCCAGGUCGGCAUGCUUCGUAUAACGUCAUACAUCCUAACCUUUCUGAGGGCAGAGCAGGCCCGCCAUUUCCCUGAAUGCUUCUAGUCCUUUAAACACAGCAGCAGGAGUGUCAAUACGAAGACAGGAGACACACAGGGAUCCAGUGAGCGAGAGAUCGGGAUGAGAGAUGGGCAGAGAAUGAGUCAGCGAGAGAACCCACCAAAUCUACCGCCGCAUCUUUAUUUAUGAAAUCUAUUUGAUCAAAGGCGUCAGUUGGAUCAACAUAAGACUGAAAUAAUCAAGCGUUGGAUACGUUGUUUGAAUUUCUUUGUAUCAUUUUUCUUCCGCCUCGUCGCCCUGUCUUUUUCUUUGUUUUCCCCCUUUCUUUAUUUUAUUUUUAAAUAGGCGGUGGACAGGAGGUGUCAACCGUAGAGAUUGUAUCAUUCAAUUAAUUUGGAACUUUAUAGACAUAUUGUGAUUUUUCUAAUUCUUUGUUGCAUUAAUAAACGAAGAUGUCGGGGCAGAGCAUUACUGACAGGAUAACUGCAGCCCAGCACAGUGUAACUGGAUCUGCUGUGUCGAAAACAGUAUGCAAGGCCACCACACAUGAAAUAAUGGGCCCGAAAAAGAAACAUUUGGAUUACCUGAUCCAUUGCACCAAUGAGAUGAAUGUGAACAUUCCCCAGCUGGCUGACUCACUGUUUGAGAGGACCACCAGCACGAGCUGGGUGGUGGUCUUCAAGUCGCUCAUCGCCACACACCACCUUAUGGUCUACGGCAAUGAGCGUUUUGUGCAGUACUUGGCUUCAAGGAACACAUUAUUCAACCUCAGUAAUUUUUUGGACAAAAGUGGUUUACAAGGUCUCUCUCUCCCAGGCUACGAUAUGUCCACAUUUAUCCGGAGGUACAGUCGAUAUCUGAAUGAAAAGGCUGUGUCAUACAGACAGGUUGCCUUUGACUUCACUAAAGUAAAGCGAGGGGUGGAUGGGGUGAUGAGGACCAUGAAUACAGAGAAGCUACUGAAGACCAUCCCUAUCAUACAAAGCCAGAUGGACGCCCUCCUCGACUUCAAUGUUAAUGCCAAUGAGCUCACAAACGGAGUGAUCAAUGCAGGGUUCAUGCUCCUCUUCAAAGAUUCCAUUAGGCUUUUUGCUGCAUAUAACGAAGGCAUCAUCAACCUGCUGGAGAAGUACUUUGACAUGAAGAAAACCCAGUGUAAAGAGGGCCUGGAUAUCUACAAGAAGUUCCUGACACGAAUGACCCGAAUCUCAGAGUUCCUUAAAGUGGCAGAGCAGGUGGGGAUUGAUCGAGGAGACAUUCCAGACCUUUCCCAGGCUCCCAGUAGCCUCCUGGAAGCUCUGGAGCAGCACCUGGCCUCUCUAGAGGGGAAGAAAGUCAAAGACUCCACUGCUGCCAGCAGGGCUAGUACUCUAUCCAACGCAGUGUCCUCGCUGGCCAGUACAGGGAUGUCUUUUACUAAAGUAGACGAGCGGGAGAAGCAGGCUGCUCUGGAGGAGGAACAGGCUCGUCUCAAAGCACUGAAGGAACAGAGGCUGAAGGAGCUCUCUAAGAGGCCUUCCUUCACCACCACAGACACGUCUCCGGUCUCCACCACCGGGGGCACUAUCAGCACAGCCCCGGCAAUCGACCUCUUCUCCACACCCAGCUGCUCCAAUGGUGCUCUGAAGAUGGAGAGUGACCUGUUUGACAUUCAGCAGACCUUUAACCCUUCAGUGCAGGCCAGUUCUACAGGGCUUCCUGUGGCCACAGCAUGGGCAGGGUACUCCACAGCAUCACAGGCCCCUCCCCCAGGAGCACUCCAGGUGGAUUUCGAGUCAGUCUUUGGAGCCAAAGCUAUCGGCGUUAACAACAUUGACUCUGAUGACAUCCUGAAACCCACCAUGGUCGGCUCCAAUCAGGCCCUGUGCUCCAUCAAUCAGCUGUCAGACAAACUGGUCGGAGUUGACCUGGACUCCUCCCUGGCCAACCUGGUGGGCAAUCUCGGGAUUGGAAAUGGCACAACAAAAAAUGACAUCCACUGGAGCCAGCCUGGGGAGAAGAGGCUGACUGGCGGGAGCAACUGGCAGCCCAAGGCAGCCCCAAACACCACCUGGAACCCCGUCUCCAUGACCCCCCCAGUCAUGGCCUACCCUGCCACAACACCAACAGGCAUGGUGGGGGGAUAUGGCAUGCCACCUCAACAGCUUGGCUCUAUGGGUAUGAUGAACCAACCCACCAUGAUGUACAACCAGCCCAUCAUGAGGCCGCCCAACCCCUUCGGCUCUGUUUCCAGUGCCCAGCCCUCUGCAGCCUCUAGUCCUUCCAGCCAGAGUCCUCUCAGAGCCCCCGGACAGGACCCAUUUGCACAGCUCUCUCUCAAGGAUUUCUUGUAGAGCGUCUCUUAGAUGCAGUUCAUGUAAUAUGACGUGUCUCAGAAAAUGAAGCACUUAGCAGCAAAGCUUUGUCCUCAUUGCCAGUCUAACUCUUCAGAGAAACGUUCACCCCCCCCUCCCCCACCCAAAUACAGACAUGUCAAGAACACAACGAACAGUGCAAUGACUGGAGGAAAACCAUGGAAACCAUGUCCAAAUGACGAUGGGAAGAAAAUAAUUCACCACCCGUUAUUCUGUCAUUUGUCCAAGACGUCAAGUGAUGCUGCUGUUUUUAAAAAGUACCUAUAGGGAUUCCUCAUCCAUUUUAUCCUCUGCUAUGGGUGCUGAGAAACUUUGAUAUUAUGUAUUUGGAAAUACUACUGUGGUUGGGUGUAACAGCUUGGUGUUCUAAUCUAGUGGGAGGGGGAGGUGGGACAAGAAGAAAAAGACGAGAGGAAUCCUUCCCUCUCUUGAUUCGAUCAUCAGUGAUCCAUUUCCUAGUUAUUUAACUGUCACUGAGUAGUGAUGCUAAUGACGUUUACACCUGUUUUAGUUUGUCUUUUUUACUGUGUUUACAGUAGACAUUCCUCGUGUGUUGUUUAUUUAUUUAUUUAUGAUAUGGUUUUAAAACUGAGGAAGAAAAUCUAUAGUACCUGUGGGAGUGCCUCAGCAUUUUACAUGGAUGUUGGAUUGUUUCAUUGGAGAUGUAGAGAAAAUAAUAUAGAUAUUAUAUAAAAUACACCUAUAAACGGAAUGAUAGAGCACUAAAUAUUCUUCAAGUUUUGUGAUAAGAACAGUUUUACUCGGUCAAAUCUCAUGAUCUCCCCUGUGCAAGUGGAGAAGGGGGUUCCAGUAUGAGUCAGUAAUCUAUAUAGUCAAUUCUGUGCCUAGGGUUUUUUGCAAUGGAACAACUUUUCUGUCUAGUUGAAAAACACUUAAUCCACGAUUCUGAAGCAUCACACUGAGGUGGAAUCCAUUUUGCUUUAAGCUUGGCAUGCCAUUGACUCAAUGACCGUUUAAUGGCUGCCUUUACUCUGAAUGUGAAAGAAUUGCUUUCAUGUUGAACAUAUCUUUCCAUGCUACCCGCACCACCUCAGCUCUGACUCCCUGUGAGCCAGACGAGAGUGUGUCUGGGUGUUGCAGAUACUAAACAAGGGUUCCAGUUUUGAUGUAAAUUAGUUGUAUAAAGAUCCAGUGGAACAGGGUGAGAGAGGGGCACUGUUGAUCGGUGCUCUGUGUAUAUAAAACUGACUGUUCAACGGAGAGGGAAGUGAAAGAUGUAUGAAAUAUGAAAGCAAUUCAAUCAAAAUCUGACUCUACCUACGUUUGAUUCAGGAUAUUUUCUGCGUUUGUCUUGCGUGGAUUAUAUUUUUGUUUAUGUAAUUAAAACGUGUAGCAGACAUUGACAGGUUUUUUUUUUUUAAUAAAGAGCAGCUUCCA